AUGCCUGUUCGGAGAGGUCAUGUUGCGCCACAAAACACCUUUUUGGGGAUAAUUAUAAAGAAAUUUGAGGGACAAAAUAAGAAAUUCAUUAUAGCCAAUGCCCGGGUUCAGAACUGCGCCAUCAUCUACUGCAACGAUGGCUUCUGUGAGAUGACCGGCUUCUCACGGCCGGACGUGAUGCAGAGGCCGUGCACCUGUGACUUCCUCCAUGGAGAGUUCACCAACAGGCAUGCCAUCGCCCAGGUAGCCCAGGCUCUGAUGGGGUCUGAGGAGCGCAAGGUGGAGAUCACCUACCACCGCAAGGAUGGCUCUGACUUCCUUUGUAACACCCACAUCAUCCCAGUGAAGAACGAGGAGGGCAUGGUCAUGAUGUUCAUCCUCAACUUUGACUACAUCCUAGAGGAGGACAGCAGUGACUCUCUGGAGGGACUCAACCACACGUCUCCUGCCAAAGCUGAACCAAGUAGAUUGUUUUGUUUCCGGCUCCCAGCCUUACACCUCCUGGGCAUCAGUAAGCAGUCCCUCCCUCAGCAGGACCCUGACGCCGUCAUGAUCGACUCGCCCCGCCGCAGUGAAGAGUCGGUGGCCACCCGCGACUUCCAGUCACUGCCCACCCGGGAGAGCUGCAGCCCCUCCUACGCCAACGACACGCGUGCCCUCAUUGGCCCCAGCCACUGCUCCACCCCUGUGUCGGGACCCCUGGACCAAUCGUCCCCCAAGGGGCCCUUCUGGGACAGGCUGGUUCUCCAAGCGGUUCCCCAGGCCCAGCCCCAGACUGUGGGCCCUCUGGCCCCCUCCAUCCCAGGCCUGACCCCCACCGCGUCCAGGGAGAGUGUGUGUAGUAUCCGGAGGGCCUCCUCCGCUCAGGACAUCGAGGGUUUUGGCUCCAACUCCAAGAUGGCCUUCAGGGACCGACACGCAAGUGAAGACAAUGGUCGUAAUAUCAAAGGACCCUUCAACCAGAUCAAAUCCAGUCUUCUGGGCUCCACAUCUGACUCUCACCUCAACAGAUACAGCACCAUCAACAAGAUCCCCCUCAUCACGCUCAACUUCUCAGAGGCCAACAACGACAAGAUGUGCCCCUCCCCUCCGUCCUCCGAGAAAACCAUCAUCGCCCCAAAGGUCAAGGACCGAACGCACAACGUCACCGAUAAGGUCACACAGGUGCUAUCCCUGGGCGCAGAUGUGCUUCCCGAGUACAAGCUCCAGACACCGCGCAUAGACAAGUUAACCAUCCUCCACUACAGCCCCUUCAAAGCGGUGUGGGACUGGCUCAUCCUGCUGCUGGUCAUCUACACGGCCAUCUUCACGCCCUACUCCGCCGCCUUCCUCCUCAACGACCUAGAGGAGCAGAAGAGGAGGGAGUGCGGCUACUCGUGCUCGCCGCUCAACGUGGUCGACCUCAUGGUGGACAUCAUGUUCAUCGUGGACAUAUUGAUCAACUUCAGGACAACCUAUGUGAAUCUCAACGAGGAGGUGGUCAGCCACCCGGCGAAGAUAGCCAUCCACUACUUCAAGGGCUGGUUCCUCAUCGACAUGGUGGCUGCCAUCCCCUUUGAUCUGCUCAUCUUCGGCUCGGGAUCAGAUGAAACCACAACUCUGAUUGGCCUGCUGAAGACCGCCCGGUUGCUCCGACUAGUUCGCGUGGCCCGUAAGCUGGACCGAUAUUCAGAGUACGGCGCCGCCGUCCUUAUGCUCCUCAUGUGCAUCUUCGCCCUCAUUGCCCAUUGGCUGGCCUGCAUCUGGUACGCCAUCGGCAAUGUGGAGAAGCCCUAUCUGGAGCACAAGAUUGGCUGGCUGGAUAACCUGGGCGUGUCCAUUGGAAAGAGGUACAACUACAGUGACCCCAGCUCUGGCCCGUCCAUCAAGGACAAAUACGUCACGGCCCUCUAUUUUACCUUCAGUAGCCUGACCAGCGUGGGCUUUGGCAACGUCUCCCCCAACACCAACUCCGAGAAGAUCUUCUCCAUCUGUGUCAUGCUGAUUGGCUCCCUAAUGUACGCCAGUAUCUUUGGUAAUGUGUCGGCUAUCAUCCAGCGGUUGUACUCCGGUACGGCGCGGUACCACCUGCAGAUGCUCCGGGUCAAAGAAUUCAUCCGCUUCCACCAGAUCCCCAACCCACUGAGGCAACGCCUGGAGGAGUACUUCCAACAUGCCUGGAACUACACCAACGGCAUCGACAUGAAUAUGGUCCUAAAGGGUUUCCCAGAGUGUCUCCAGGCUGAUAUCUGCCUCCACCUCAACGCGAGUCUGCUCCAGGGCUGCAAGGCAUUCCAAGGGGCUACUAAGGGCUGCCUGAGGGCCCUGGCCAUGAGGUUCAAGACCACGCACUCCCCACCGGGCGACACACUGGUCCACUGUGGAGACGUGCUUACUGCCCUCUACUUCUUGUCCCGGGGGUCCAUCGAAAUCCUCAAGGAUGACAUCGUGGUGGCCAUUUUGGGGAAGAAUGACAUCUUUGGGGAGAUGAUCCACUUGUACGCCAAGCCGGGGAAGGCCAACGCGGACGUGCGGGCGCUCAGCUACUGUGACCUGCACACCAUCCAGAGGGAGGAGAUCCUGGAGGUGCUUGACAUGUACCCCGAGUUCGCCGACUACUUCCUCAGCAACCUGGAGCUGACCUUUAACCUCCGAGACGAGAGCGGCAAGCCUCAGAAUGCAGAGUCAGUCUACCCCAGUAAUUCUGAUGGGGAUGACAUCAAAUGCAGAAGAAGGCUCACUAACAAGAGGAAAUCUUCCGCAGGGACCCAGAUCAAAGAGACGUCGGUGUUCUGCGACGGUGGUGAGCGGGAGAGGCAGCUCUUCCCCUCCUCCCAGGCUGUAGCCACCGUGGUGGAGGAGAGGAGAGACUCAGAGGAGGAGAGGGAAGAUGAAGAAGUCGAGGAGGAGGGAGGGGAGGGGGAGGAGCAGAGGCCUCUGUGCUCGGGGGGGCAGGGUUACCCCUUGGUGAGGGACCACACCUUGGGACUUGGGCUGGGGGACGUUGUUCCGGAUGCGUCGGGAGGAGGAGACAAUGUGGAGAGGAACCAGUCUUAUAAAGACCUGCGUGGGGAGGAGUGGGGGUGCGUGCGGCCCAGGGAGGUCCUGGAGGAGUCGGCCCAGGCCCAGGACUCCCGAAGUGGGGUCGGAGAGGAGGACAGUGAGCCGGACAACACCUACGGAGAGGUGGAGCAACGUCUGGACCUGCUGCAAGAGCAUCUAAACAGGCUGGAGUUCCAGAUGACGUCAGACAUCAAGGCCAUCCUCCAGCUACUGCAAAGGCAGAGCACCGUGGUUCCCCCGGCCUACAGCAUCGUCACCUCCAGCCCAAAGUACCAGAGGCCUGCCAUCAGGGUGCAGCCUGUUUCUGCCAUCAGGAUCACAGAGCCUCAACACAGCCUCAACCCUGCUUCACCACUGGCUCAGGUAUACUGAACCAGCCAAGUCUACACUAGCCCUCAGAGCUGUAUACUGUGUUAUGCAUAAUGGCUCUGUAUAUACUGGCUAGGCACAUUACACUCCCCUGUCUAUAUACUGGUCUAUAGGUGCAUUAUCACUGUCUGUUCUGUAUACUGAAGGAUGGUUACAUUAUCACUAUGUGUGUAUUGGAUACUACAGAAG